AUGGAGACACUACGGGAGCGCAUCAAGAUUGACAGUCCGGAGAGCCGGGGAAAGAAGGGCGGCGGCGAUGGGAAGAAGGGUCCUCGGCCGCGGCCUGCGCUGAUGGCGAGCAAGCUGGCAAACUCGGUGAAGGAGUUCUUCAAGAAGGGGUUUGCGGGAUCAGGCAUGGUCAAGGCGACGGUGACCGGCAAGGCAGGGCCGACGGCGGACGUGGCGCUGACGUCCUCGAUUGCAGCGCGCAAGCCGGCGCUCAAGACCGAUCUCAAGGUCAAGCACACGUACAAAGCGGCGGGUAAUGAGAGCAGCGAGAGCGACGAGGAGAGGAGCGGCAAGCCACCGCGGCCAUCGGGCCUUGUCUCGAUUGGUGGCUUGCACUACGACGGCAGCGCCAAGCCGGGCCAGCCGGCGAGGUGGUGGAGCGGAUCCAGUAGCCUCUACCACGCCGGCUCGGGCGCAACCUUUGUGCUUGCGCGCGACAUGAAGGCCGGGCACGAGUCGCACGGCCUGCGGCUCGAGGCCAAGUACCGGUCGGAGCUGGCCAAGGGCGUGACGGUCUCGGUUGCGACGACGAUGGCGCUGUCGUCGCUGCCGUUUGCUGCGACCAAGGCGCCGGGCGCCAAGGGUCAGCUCAAGGCCCAGGCGACGAUGACAGCCCACGGCGCUGAUGCCAACGGCUCAAUCACGGCCAAGGUUGAGAGCGGAAGAAGAGCCUCGGUCUUUGCCGAGGGCCUUGUGGGGCUGGUGGCGCGGCGGGCGGCCGACGGCACGGCGAUGGCGCACGACCACGUUUCAGUUGACUCGCACUCGCUGGUCCUUGGCGUGGCGGGCCACGCCGAUGUGUGGCGGGCGGCAACAGGCGGCGAGGGCGCAACGGGCGGAUCCGGCGCGCCGGCGGUGGCGGCGUCGGCAUCGUGGUUCCCGGCCAAGGCCGAGGUCUCGCUUGGCUGGCUUGACAAGCGAGCGGAGCACUACACCUUUGUGGCGCUGGCCAACGGCGAGGUGGUGCAAGGCGGGUUCCGGACGGUGGCGACACCGAUGCCGCGGCUCAAGCUUUUUUCGCAGUUUGUGGUCGAGAAGCCGCGGCAAGCCGGAGGCGGCAAGGCGCGACCGGCGAGCAACAAGGCUGGCGGAGGUGGCAAGCCACAGCGAGAGGCAGCCCAGCCAGCGACGCCGUCGUGGCUGGCGAGCCAGUUUCCGGUCCUCCCGAUGGGUCUGCUUCAGAUCGGCGCCGAGCUGUCAGUCUCGCGCGAUGCCAAGCUCAAGGCACGGGUCGACACCGACGGCAAGGCUGCGGUGGCGGUGUGGGCCAAGCUCUCGCCGGCGGUGACUGUGGCGGCGGUGGCGUCGGGCUCGCUGGCGCGGCCGAGCCACGAGCUUGCCAUGGGACUCGGCUUCAUCUUUAAGCUGUAG